AUGGCGACGAUGGAGUUUGAGGCGACGGAGCUGAGUCAGAAGAGUCUGCUGACUACUACUGCUGCUGUUUCUGCUAAUGAUCAUGCUAAGCCUCCGGCUCCCAAGGCACAAGUGGUGGGAUGGCCACCCGUUCGAUCAUUCCGCAAGAACAUCAUGACCGUCCAAUCUGAGAAAGGGAAAAAAGAGGAGUCCACUAAUGCAGCAGUGGCUUUCGUCAAGGUAAGCAUGGACGGUGCUCCUUAUCUCCGGAAGGUUGAUCUCAAGAUGUAUCGCAGCUAUGAAGAGCUCUACAUGGCACUUGAGAAAAUGUUCAGCUCCUUCACCAUUGGAAACUGUGGGUCUCAAGGAAUGAAUGGGAGAGAUUUCAUGAAUGAAAGCAAACUUAUGGAUCUCUUGAACGGUUCAGAGUAUGUGCCCACUUAUGAAGACAAGGAUGGAGACUGGAUGCUUGUUGGUGAUGUGCCUUGGGAAAUGUUUGUUGAAUCGUGCAAGCGUUUGAGGAUUAUGAAGGGCUCAGAGGCCAUUGGACUUGCUCCAAGGGCUAUGGAGAAAUGCAAGCGCCGUAGCUAAGGAAAGAACCAAAGCUUUGCUCAUUCAGGAUCCUGGUCAAGAAAUGCCAACACUGGGCUCGAGUCCGAUCUGAAUUGAGCACAGCCUCAUCAUCUGGUAUAUUGUGUGUUUGCACUACGUGUUUGUUCUUACUUUAUUUUCAUAUAUAUAUAUAUGUGCAUGGAUAUAUGUUGUCAGUGCUGUAAAAGAUAUAUGGGAUUAUUUUUUGUUUUAUGGACAAGAUGAACAAGACUCGUUUUAUUCGGUGGUGUGUUUAAUAACCUACCUAAUCUAUGUGCUAUUGUAUUUGGUUUGUGGCUGUAGUGAGUCUUUGUUGUAUUAAAAAUGUAAUUGUUAUCA